UUCAACUCAGGAAGGAGCAUCCGGGCACCUUCAGCAUGGCCUGGACCAUGCUUUUCCUUGGCCUCCUUGCUCACUGCACAGGCUCCGUGGCCUCCUACGUGCUGACACAGCCAUCCUCAGUGUCGGUGACUCCAGGUCAGACAGCCAGGAUGACCUGUGAGGGAAACGACAUUGGAAGUAAAUAUGUGCAAUGGUUCCAGCAGAAGUCCAGCCAGGCUCCAGUGCUGGUCAUCUAUGAAGAUAGCAAGCGGCCUUCUGGGAUUCCUGACCGAUUCUCUGGUGCCAACUCAGGCAACACGGCCACCCUGACCAUCUCUGGUGCCCAGGCUGAGGACGAGGCUGACUACUACUGUGAGGUGUGGGUUAGUAGUGAAAAGGCUGGUGUGUUCGGCGGAGGGACCAAGCUGACAGUCCUAGGUCAGCCCAAGUCUGCACCCGCAGUCACCUUGUUCCCGCCCUCCCCUGAGGAGCUCCAGAACAACAAGGCCACGCUGGUAUGUCUGAUGAAUAACUUCUACCCGGGCGCUGUGACCGUCAACUGGAAGGCUGAUGGCACCACUGUCACCCAAGGCGUGGAGACCACACAGCCCUCCAAGCAGAGUGACAACAAAUACAUGGCCAGCAGCUACCUGAGCAUGACGCCUGCACAGUGGAGAUCUCACCAGAGAGUCACCUGCGAGGUCACACACGAUGGCAGCACUGUGGAGAAGAGUUUGGCCCCUGCAGAGUGUGCUUAG